AUGGCAAUUGACUCCAAUGGUUACACCAAUUCACACCAGCAGGGGAUCUGGACCACUGGCUCCAAUGAUGCAACCCAGGCAAACAUAAAAUGGGGAAAUCAAACAUCCAUCUCAGAAUUCAUCCUCCUGGCAUUCGGAAAUCAUCCUGAACUGCAGAUUUUUCUCUUCCUGCUGUUCUUAGUGAUCUACGUUGUGACCAUGGCUGCGAACAUCCUCAUCAUGGUACUAGUUGUGACUGAUCAGCACCUUCACACCUCCAUGUACUUCUUCCUGGGGAACCUGUCCUGCUUGGAGACUUGUUACACCUCCACCAUCCUGCCCAGGAUGCUGGCCAGUUUCCUGACUGGGGACAGAACAAUUUCUGUAACUGGUUGCCUAAUACAAUUAUAUUUCUUUGGUUCUCUAGUUAACACAGAAUGUUACCUCCUAGCUGCGAUGUCUUAUGAUCGGUAUUUAGCAAUAUGCAAACCACUGCACUAUGGAACCCGUAUGAAUAACAGGAUCUGCUUCCAGCUAGCAGCUGGCUCUUGGAUAAGUGCAUUUUUGGCUGUUAUCAUUGUCAUAAUUUUAAUGUCACAGUUAAUUUUCUGUGGCCCUAAUGAAAUUGACCAUUUCUUUUGUGAUCUCACCCCAAUGAUAAAACUGUCCUGCAGUGAUACCCAUAAGAUGGAAUUUGUGACCUUUUGGGGCUCUGUUUUAUUCACUUUACCUCCAUUUCUGUUGACCAUGACAUCCUAUGUUUAUAUCAUAAUUGCCAUCCUGAGAAUCCCUUCCACCACUGGGAGACAAAAGGCCUUUUCUAUCUGCUCCUCCCACCUCAUUGUGGUGACCAUUUUCUAUGGAACCCUGAUGAUUGUCUAUAUCUUACCAAAAACUGAGAAGCUGAGGGAGCUCAACAAAGUGUUCUCCCUUUGCUACACGGUCCUGACACCCCUGCUCAAUCCCCUGAUCUACAGCCUGAGAAACAAAGACGUCAAGUUGGCCUUCAGAAAAGCUGCCAGGAAAUAUGUGGCUUUCAUGAAUUAA